AUGUCACUCAUGACAGCGGAACCAGAGUUGAUUAUGGAGCUCCAUGAGGAUCUUGCUCAUGUAGGCUACAAAUGCCUAGCCGACUUCUACUGCAAGGUGACGAACGAUGAUGUAUCUGAGAUGCAAGUGCGUCGUAUCGUUCAAACCUGUCGGGCUUGUGCAUUAAUGCGCAAAGACUCCUCAAAAGCGUUACCAUCUGUCGUUAAGGACGCCGAGAGGUUCAUGGAAAGAGUCCAUAUGGAUGUCUUCUAUGUAUCCUAUAAUGAGAAAACGGGCAUUCGUAGAAUUGGUGUGCACGUAUAUUACACCACCGUGGAGCGACACGAAACUAAUAGAAACCUAAAGGAUAGGCUCAAGAAGUCGAUGGCCUCACUUAAUAGUAAUAAGGAGUUGUGGGAGAUUAUCUUGGCCUACAAUCGAACGAUUUACAGCGGAUCGGAGCUGUCACCCGUCGAGAUGCUCUUUCGCCGGGAGGACGGUACAUCAUGGAGGAUACUCGAAAUGGCCCGCAGUAAUUUGCAGAAGGCGCAACAGAAACGCAUCGCUAACGCUGAGGUCCACGCUACUAAUCCUUCACCGUGA